UUGAGUUUAUACAUUUUAUUGCAGAUAUUCAGCCGUUCACAGGAAGGACAAUCUGCUCACUUCCUGUUUUGAACAUGUCCUGAAACAUGAAGCAACCUUGCAGACUGAGGGUUCCUACUCGGUUUCUGACGAUGUAAUGAACAAAGCGGACAGCUACAUAUUCUCUUCCUGUUUCCAACAGCUGUCGUUUCUACGACGAACACAGACGGUCACCGGUUAACGGGGCCACUCGUUAAACCGAAACACCGGUCGUCGUGGCGCAGCUUCAUUUCUCUGUGAUGUUACCGACACACUUUUACGCCUCUUUGCUCAUCUUGUUGGCUUAUUGCUGUGAGCGGGUUGCAGUAAGUUAUAGUGGGAUUCAAAUUAUUUCUGUCUUUCUGUUGGAUUUCAUAUUUUGGUUGGAACUUUACUUUCACUUCUGGUCGUCGUGGCGCAGCUUCUCUUCUCCGUGUAAAAAACAUCCCCGACAAUAAUUUAUUCUCCUCCAAGUACUGCUUACAACGCUAUAAUAUUCUCUGUGGGUUUCAUGCCGUUUGUGCUGGUGAAUCAAUCUGUUUAUUGGGAAUUUGAGCAGCUCUGGUCAGUGACUCUAUCAGAUUGUUAACAGAAAACAUUUCAGAGUUCCAGGAAAUAUUGUACUUUUUACUCGAUUGAUCUGACAGCUUAAGAUUUUACAAACCAAUCUUGUGACCACCUUAUAAAAUAUGAUUAAUCUAGCAAAUGAAAUAUGAAAUGUAGGUAAGCAUUUAUGUUAACUCAUUUGGAUUAAGCAAAGUGAAAUAAAACCAUUUUCUGAUAUUACACCGCUGUGGUUAAGGUUUGAUUAGGACUAAUGUCCGUGUAUUCAUUAUAAUGGUAUUUACUAGUACAGGCUAAUAUAUAACACUAGUACUAAUUCUGGCUGGACAAAACAGCAUGCACGCACAAAAACAACGCCAAGUCUUGACAAAGCUGAGAUGAGUACACACCAGUAAAUAAAACCUCCUGUUAUCUUAUGGUGACAUUCUGCCCCAGUUGCAAACCCUUCAUACCUGCCUGCAUCCAUUACAGGUGCAGCUCUGACUCCAGGAAACAGCUCACCGGUGUCGAAGCCUUUUCUCUGCUGCCGUCGAGUGAGAGUCUGCUUCAUCAACACUUUGGGCGUUUUGAAGAAACUGUGAAAGUGGAUGUGAGUUGAGCAGCAUGAGUCAGUGUGAGGACAGAGAGGAGGGAGUCCCUCCCUCUAAAAGCACUCUGUGUGGGGAACAUGACAGCCAGACCAAAGCUCAGAGGAUCUAUAGGAGACCAGCUUCUGCUGGACCUGGACCUGGACCUGAACCCAGCUUUGUGUCCUUCAAGAGUGACUGGUCAAAUGAUCGUAUCAUUGAUUUUAAAGGAGGACAACCCUCUGCUGCAAUGAGUGUCGACCAGGAGAGCUCAGAGGUUCCCAGUGGUCAGUCUGCCCAGCAGCAUCAAACACACCUGGACUCCAUAUUUAUGCUGCUGGAGGAGAACAUUGUCACUUUUGUGAAGAACGAGCUGAAGCAGAUCCAGAAGGGUCUGAGUUCAGAUUACCCAGAAUGCUUGGAGAGUCAGAAGGAGGAUGAGGAGGUGUUGGAGGGUAAGGAGGAAGAACAGAGGAGGAGCAGCAGAGAGGCAUUUCUGAAGAUCACACAGCACUUCCUGAGGAGAAUGAAGCAGGAGGAGCUGGCUGAGCGUCUGCAGAGCAGACCUUCUGUUGUAGAUUGUCAGCAAGAACUCAAAUCCAACCUGAAGAAGAAGUUCCAGUGUGUGUUUGAGGGCAUUGCUAAAGCAGGAAACCCAACCUUUCUGAACCAGAUCUACACAGAGCUCUACAUCACAGAGGGAGGGACUGCAGAGGUCAAUGAUGAACAUGAGGUCAGACAGAUUGAAACAGCAUCCAGGAAACCAGCCAGACCAGAAACAAUCAUCACACAAGAAGACAUCUUUAAAGGCUCACCUGGAAGAGAUGAACCAAUCAGAACAGUGAUGACAAAGGGAGUGGCUGGUAUUGGGAAAACAGUCUUAACGCAGAAGUUCACUCUGGACUGGGCUGAAGACAAAGCCAACCAGGACAUACAGUUCAUAUUUCCAUUCACUUUCAGAGAGCUGAAUGUGCUGAAAGAGAAAAAGUACAGCUUGGUGGAACUUGUUCAUCACUUCUUUCCUGAAACCAAAGAAGCAGGAAUCUGCAGCUUUGAAGAGUUCCAGGUUUUGUUCAUCUUUGACGGUCUGGAUGAGUGUCGACUUCCUCUGGACUUCCACAACAAUGAGGUCCUGACUGAUGUUACAGAGUCCACCUCAGUGGAUGUGCUGCUGACAAACCUCAUCAGGGGGAACCUGCUUCCCUCUGCUCGCCUCUGGAUAACCACACGACCUGCAGCAGCUAAUCAGAUCCCUGCUGGGUGUGUUGACAUGGUGACAGAGAUCAGAGGUUUCACUGACCCACAGAAGAAGGAGUACUUCAGGAAGAGAUUCAGAGAUGAGGAGCAGGCCAGGAGAAUCAUCUCCCACAUCAAGACAUCACGAAGCCUCCACAUCAUGUGCCACAUCCCAGUCUUCUGCUGGAUCACUGCUACAGUUCUGGAGGAGGUGUUGAAGACCAGAGAGGGAGGAGAGCUGCCCAAGACCCUGACUGAGAUGUACAUCCACUUCCUGGUGGUUCAGUCCAAAGUAAAGAACAUUAAGUAUGAUGGAGGAGCUGAGACAGAUCCACACUGGAGUCCAGAGAACAGGAUGAUGAUUGUGUCUCUGGGAAAACUGGCUUUUGAGCAGCUGCAGAAAGGCAACCUGAUCUUCUAUGAAUCAGACCUGACAGAGUGUGGCAUCGAUAUCAGAGCAGCCUCAGUGUACUCAGGAGUGUUCACACAGAUCUUUAAAGAGGAGAGAGGGCUGUACCAGGACAAGGUGUUCUGCUUUGUCCAUCUGAGUGUUCAGGAGUUUCUGGCUGCUCUUCAUGUCCAUUUGACAUUCAUCUGCUGUGGUGUCAAUCUACUGUCAGAAGAACAAACCACAUCCCAGAAGUCUGAAACAAGAAAAGAUGAAUCUGCAGUGACACAGUUCUACCAGAGUGCAGUGGACCAGGCCUUGCAGAGUCCAAAUGGACACCUGGACUUGUUCCUCCGCUUCCUCCUGGGUCUUUCACUGCAGACCAAUCAGACUCUCCUACGAGGCCUGCUGACACAUACAGGUAGUGGCUUGGAGACCAAUCAGGUAACGGUUGAGUACAUCAAGAAGAAGAUUGAAGAGACUCCCUCUGCAGAGAAAAGCAUCAAUCUGUUCCACUGUCUGAAUGAACUGAAGGAUCGUUCUCUAGAGGAGAAGAUCCAACAGUCCCUGAGUUCAGGAAGUCUCUCCACAGAUAAACUCUCUCCUGCUCAGUGGUCAGCUCUGGUCUUCAUCUUACUGUCAUCAGAAAAAGAUCUGGACGUGUUUGACCUGAAGAAAUACUCUUCUUCAGAGGAGGCUCUUCUGAGGCUGCUGCCAGUGGUCAAAGCAUCCAAGAAAGCUCUACUUAGUGGCUGUAACCUCUCGGAGAGUAGCUGUGAAGCUCUGUCCUCAGUUCUCAGCUCCCGGUCCUCUUGUCUGAGAGAGCUGGACCUGAGUAACAACAACUUGCAGGAUUCAGGAGUGAAGCUGCUGUCUGCUGGACUGAAGAGUCCACACAGGAAACUUGAAACUCUCAGGCUGUCAGGCUGUCUGAUCACAGAGAAAGGCUGUGCUUCUCUGGCCUCAGCUCUGAGCUCAAACCCCUCCCAUCUGAGAGAGCUGGACCUGAGCUACAAUGAUCCAGGAGACUCGGGUGUGAGUCAGCUGCUGGCUGCUGGACUGGAUGAUACACACUGGAGUCUACGGAUGGAGCCUGGUGGAGUCCAAUGGUUGACACCAGGUCUGAGGAAGUAUUCCUGUGAACUCACAUUUGACACAGACACAGUAAACCGAAAGAUCCAACUGUCUGACAACAACAGGACGGUGACACGUGUGGACGAGGUUCAGCCAUUUCCUGAUCAUCCAGACAGAUUUGACUACUGGCCUCAGCUGCUGUGUAGAGAUGGCCUCACUGGUCGCUGUUCCUGGGAGGUUGAGUGGAGUGGAGGAGUUGAUAUAUCAGUGAGUUACGGAGGAAUCAGGAGGAGAGGAAACACUAAAGACUGCAGGUUUGGAUGGAACAGUCAGUCCUGGACACUUUUCUGCUCUGAUGAUGGUUACUCUGUCUGUCACAAUAAGAUAGGAAGAUCCAUCUCCUCCUCUGUCUCUAACAGAGUAGCAGUGUAUGUGGACUCUGCUGGCACUCUGUCCUUUUAUAGCGUCUCCUCUGACACACUGAUCCACCUCCACACCUUCAACACCACAUUCGCUGAACCUCUUUAUCCUGGCUUUGGGUUCUGUUAUGGUGCCUCAGUGUCCUUGUGUUCGCUGUAGGAGGGACAGUCUCCUCCUGUUAGAAAAAUAUUCUCAUUGCUGAACAGAUCACAGUUGAAUCUUUACAGGAUCACAGUUACAGAAAUCUUUCAAGUUAUUGUAAUAAAUUAAUCACUGAACUUAGUACAAAGUUAUUCAAAGUAAUUGCAAGUGGUAUUAUGUCUUCUUGACCACAAGGCAGAGCUAGUGCCUUCACUAAAACUAGACGCUUGCCACUUCCACUCCGUCACAGCGUGAACUCUUGUCGGAGUCACCCUCACAGCCAAAUUGAGCUCACCAAACCCGCGUAGGCUAUAAAUACUGCGGCCAACUUUUGGAUGAACUACCCUCUUCCCAGCGUAAAUAGGAUCUGACAUUAAAGUAAACACUGGGGAUCAUCUGAGCUGCCAGAAGAAUAUCACAAGAACUCAUUUCUCAUCUCACUAAAUGUAGGGCUGCAACUAAUGACUAUAUUCGUAGUCGACUAAUCUGUUAAUUAUUUAUUCGAUUAGUCGACUAGUCACGAUUAUUUUUGUCACCCCCUAACUCUAAUUAAACCAUUUAACAAAUUAAAUAUCUUUCAAGUGAAUUACUGUUCUCCAACACAGCCUAACUGGCUAACGUUCCCAUUAACCACAACGCCAGGGGUAAACCAUCCUAUAAUUCACUGGUUUACACUAACUUUAAAAGAUUUUUGCUUUGGAACUAUAUAAAAUAAAAGUAAAUCAAAAUCAAGGACUAUAACCACAACUUUACACUAACAAUGUAAUGUCUAUUUAGAAUAAUAAAGCAACAGCCCCCAGGCAAUAACUCAGUAGAGAAUGUUCUGUAGGCUACAUCACGAGCCAGAUGUUCUAAUAACUUUUCUAAAGCUGGGUCUAUGACAUUGCGAGCAUUGUGUUGGACAGAUUUGUGCAGUGGUGUUUAUGAGAGAGAGAGAGAAACACGUCGACUCAUUUUUAUAUUUAAAUUCCAUGUCUGUAGUUUCCAACCUCGUAGAAAUGUGAGUAUUAGCAGAAAAAAAGGACAAACGUGUUUUAGCAGUACAGGUUUUCAAAAUGAAUUUAACAAAUACUAUUUAUAACCAAGCAAAUGGUGAUCUAUAAAUGUUUAUUGACAUUGGACCUCUUCUGUAUGUUAGGUAGAGAGCUUCAUCAUCCCUUGACUAUACACACAUAAUAAAACUUCUAUACAUGAAUUACGUUUGCACUGUAUGACUGACAAUGUACUCAUCCCAAUUAGUAAAGCUGCACUGGACUACGAUGACUAUGAUGUUAUAUGUGUGUUUUAUUUAUUUAUUUAUUAUGUAUGCUUAUUAUGGUAAAUGUUUCUCUAUUUUAUAACUGUACUAGUCUACAGGCCUCUGCAAAGAAAGUGUUUUAAAAUUGAAAUAAAUAUGUGCGUUCUCCGAC